UGUGAGGACACCAGCAAGCCAGUGGCGCCUUGUUGAUUUUUCUCUGUGAACGGCUCUCAAAUUACACUUUUGUAUUUAUGAGUCAUUCUAGAGAGGCUCUGCAUCCACGCUUGAAGGCCAGAAAGUGAAUCAGUAAAAUGUAGGCAAAUUAUUGGCUAAAAAAAGUCCUAGAAACCACAAUUAGACUGAAGUGGAAAACUGAGUUUUCCAGAACAGCACAGUGUUCAUAUAUGGACACCUUUCUGUGGAUUUGCAGCCCCCAGCUCUAUCACUAUGAGAGAAUUGAUUUGAGUGCAGAAAACUGCAGGCAUUUAAGGCCUGUUAAUCUGCCAAAACGGCCGCUGAAGGCCCUGAAACUGGACUGCGUUUUUGUGCAUUAUUUCGUUAAAGCUAUGGAUGAAAGUUCCGUUUAUCGACGCGGUGUUUUGGACACUGUUCAAAGGUGGCGAGCUCCUGAUGUAUUAAUCUUGACCCCCACAGAUAAAGAUCUAAUAGAUUAUAACUGGAAUGCAAGAGUGUACAGAAUGGUUAGGGAGAGGUGCGAAGUUGAUUACGCAUUUAGUUGGCUAUCAACGCUAGGAGGGGCAUUUUCGGCACUAGGGGACUAUUUCGAAAAUUGCGCCGAAACGGCAGGUAGAAUAUCGAUGCAACAACUGAUAUUGGCAGCCAGAAUAGGCGACCCAAAUGUCCAGGCCAGGUGUAGGCUCUACUUUAGCCUCAGCUUAAUCCAGAAGAAGAGGUUCCAGCUAGCAAGCAGAAUCAUCAGACAAGAGUACCAUUUGGCACAGCGCCAAGCUGCUAUAGAUGAACGACUAGUCAGAAUGUGCAAGGGGAUUUGGGCCAAGCUGCAAUACGAACAUGGAACCCACAGAAAAAAAACACCAGUAGACUAAAAUGAUACACUCAGGUCUAACUGCUGGAAAUGAAAUAAAAGUCCCAAGGAUACACUUUAA